AACCAACGCCGGUAUUUGAUCGAUGAUCUUGUGAUCGGUGACUACGGUGAUGAUUGCAGUGCUAUUUCUUAUUCAGAGGGUGGCAUCUGCCGCUGCAAUCAGGGCGGGCGGACGGUCUACAUGAAGCGGUUCGUGGAGGGGUACCGCUCUGAGAAGAUAUUGAGCGGAGAACUUACGAUUCCUUCCUCAGUGUGCUACACAGACGGUAUCAGACUUCAUGCGCCACUGAAUGAAGUUUCUCUUCUGAUGACUGACGAUGCCUAUGCUGUGAGGGCAACGAUUGGCAUGAAGACAGGUGCUUUUGCUGCGGAGCAGAUCCAGCUGAACUUUACGGAUACACACAAUGUUCGUCUUCAGAUGAUUAACACUUCAACAACUGAUGCAAAAAGAGCGCUGGAGGAUGAGAAGGAGAGCAAGCGCAUCCAUGCCGUAGGAGGUGUGGUGACAGAGGAUCUGCUCGAUGACGAAUCUGUGGUAUUUAUAGAUCCACAGGAGCUACAUCCAGGCAUGAACAAGUUUCGCCGGCACGUUAUAUGCCUGUCGCCGACGCUGGAGCAGGAGUUCUUUGUGCUUGCGCAGUACCUCGGAAAGAUAAGCCGCGCCAACGCCCACGCUGUGAUCCGCAGUGACGAGGGUGCUGCGAUGACAGAUGUGUUGCGGCGGUCACUUGUGACGUUUGGAGGGUCGCUGCUGUCCUCCACGCUGCUGGCUGGCGGUGACGCGCUGGGGGACUACCUGCCACACAAGGGCGAUGUGUUCGUCGUGGGCCUUGCUGCUGCCGAUGCUGCUGUGAUCGCAGAGCACCUGGCGAAGAACCGCGGUGUGCGUGUACUUGUGCUGUUCGCGGAGGUCUCGUGGUUGUACGAUGAGUUUGUUGCUGUGUUCAAUGGGAGUGCUGCUGCUGGGCGCCUUGUGUUCGCGACGAGCCUGCCGCACUGGGCAGACACUAAUACCACGUCUGAGACGGUGCAACGGUUCCACGCUGCUGUGUGGAAUACGAAGAAGUGGACGCCUUUGGCGCUGAGGUCGUUUGCCAGUACAAUUCUGGUAAAAACCAUUCUCUCUCGUAUGGAGCUGGUGAGUGCUGAGGUAUUGGUUGAUUUCUUCUACAAGAAUGUUGCCAUCGCUGUGGCCGAUAUGUUUUACGGAUCCUUCAAGGAUGGAACGCGGUGCGGUGGCCAGAAUAACAUGAGCUCUGCUGAGUGCGCUGUGAACUACGGAGCGAGGCGUAUUUCGGUGUGGUCUAUGGCCCGCGUGCUGGACCCCGCAGUGCCUGAGCUGUUCCCCGCAGUGACGCCGUCGAUGGAGUACAGGGAACAACUUAAUAAUGGGGCGUCAAAAGAAAAGCUUAUCGCCGUCAUUGUUGGCUCCAUUUCCGGAGGUGUACUACUGGCUGCUCUGUUU